CUGACAAAAUCAUGUCACAACGAGGAAAAAAUGAGACUUUUUUCACGUGGGUCUCUCGCUUCACCCUUACCCAAAUCGAAUGGGACCCUCUUUUCUCCCCCAAAAUUUCCACUCUCCUUCAGCUUCUUCACUCUCUGCUAUGUUGGGGAAAUGAUUUGAGGUUGGAUUUUUUGGUGGGUUUCUCUUGAAUUAUUGUUCGAGUUUUUUUUUCUUUUUCGUGAGAAAUGGGUUUCAUUUCAAGAAAGAUUUUACCCGCUUGUGGCAAUAUGUGUGUUUGUUGCCCUGCGCUGAGGCCGAGUUCUCGGAGACCCGUUAAAAGAUACAAGAAGCUCUUGGCUGAGAUUUUCCCCCGAACCCUUGAUGGUUCUCCAAAUGAAAGAAAAAUCAACAAGCUUUGUGAAUAUGCUGCAAAAAAUCCACAUCGGAUCCCAAAGAUUGCAAAGUUUCUAGAACAAAGGAGUUUCAAAGAACUGCGCAUGGAGAAUGUCAACUUCAUCAAAAUUAUUACUGCAAUAUACAGUAAAUUGUUAUGUAUUUGUAAGGAGCAGAUGGCAUAUUUUGCUAUAAGCCUCUUGGACGUGAUUGUUGAACUUUUGAAUCACCAGAAGCAUGAAGCUGUUCAAAUACUUGGGUGCCAGAUUUUGACAAGGUUUAUCUAUAGCCAGGCAGACAUUACAUAUUCACGCAACAUUGAAUGUUUGGUUCGAAAAGUAUGCACACUAGCUUGUGAAAAUGGAGUGGAUCAUAAAAGAUUACUGCGGGCUGCAAGCUUGCAAUGCUUAUCAGCAAUGGUUUGGUUUAUGACAGAAUAUUCACACAUUUUUACUGACUUUGAUGAGAUAAUUCAUGCCACUUUGCAAAAUUAUGGAACUGAUGAACAUAUUGAAGAUGGUGGCCAAAGACAUGAAACACACCAUAAUUGGGUUGAUGAAGUAGUUAGAAGUGAAGUAAGAACUAUUGGAAAUAUCGGUAUUGAUGUUAGUCCAAGUGCUACUACCAUUAUACCACGGCCAGAUCUCAAGGAUGCAUCCAAAUUAACAAGAGAGGAAAGUGAAACACCAGAAGUGUGGUCACAUAUUUGUGUCCAGAAAUUGGCUGAACUUGCAAAGGAAAGCACCACUAUGCGCCGUGUAUUGGAUCCAAUGUUUAUCUAUUUUGACAAUGGUGGGCACUGGGCUGCUCGACAUGGGCUUGCUUUUCAUGUUUUAUCUGAAAUGUCCUAUUUGGGAAAAAGCUCUGGAAAUGAACAAAUGAUUUUAGCUGCAAUAAUCAGACAUAUGGACCACAAAAAUGUUGUGCAUGACCCUCGGAUAAAAUCUAACAUAAUUCAGAUAGCCACUUGCUUGGUUCGACAACUGAGAUCACCAGCUGGAAUUGCUGAAAUUGCUAUAGUCAGUGACUUGUGUAGGCAUUUGAGGAAAAGUCUACAGGCUACCAUUGAAUCAGCUGGGCCGCAAGAUUCAAAUUGCAAUUACACACUUCAAAAUUCUAUUGAGGAUUGCUUGCUAGAGAUUGCUAAAGGAAUUUGCAAUGCAUACCCUCUCUUUGAUAUGAUGUCCAUGACACUGGAGAAGCUGCCAGCUUCUACAAUUGCUGCUAGGGCAACAAUCGAAUCUUUGCUGAUUCUCUCUCACAUCGUCUCCUUAACAUCCGUCAGUUCACAUCCACAGUUGGUGUUUCCAGAGGGGCUUCUAUUGCAGCUUGUAAAAACUAUGAUGCACCCAGAUAUUGAAACGAGAAUAGGAGCUCACCAGAUAUUUUCAGUUAUCCUUGUUCGAUCAGAGACUUACCUGAAACUUGAAUAUGAAUAUAAGAAGUGGCAGUCAAAAUCGACAUCAGCAUUUGCGUCAGCUACUGCUCUUUUCGAAAAACUUCGAAGGGAAAAGGAAUGUGUAAAUACAGAUAAGCUUGAAAAUUAUGUUGAUGAUGAUAGUAGCAUAAAAGAUACGGGUGAUGAAGAGGUGAAAAAUGGAAGGAUCCGGAAGCCUUCACCCUGUUUUCGCAAACUAUGUUCUGUUAUUGACAGGACUGAUGUUUCCACUAGUCCUGAUGAACAUGAAGCUAACAUUAUUACGUUAACUGAAGAUCAAAUUGCUAUGCUGCUUUCUGCAUUGUGGUUGCAAGCCAACCGAUCUGAUAAUUUACCAUCAGAUUUUGAGGCGAUAGCUCAUUCAUUCAGCUUGACUAUUCUUUCUUCACGUCUCAAGAAUUUGAAUCAAUGCAAUACUAUACGCAUAUUUCAGCUUCCAUUAUCUCUUAUGAAUGCUGCCCUUGACCCAACAGGAAUAUUGCAUCCUUCAUGCCGGAGGUCACUUUUUACACUAGCAUCAAGCAUGCUAGCCUUUGCAGGAAAAAACUACCACAUGGCUGAUUUGACAAAUACCCUGAAGUUUUUGAUAUCCUCGAAUGCAGACCCAUAUUUAAGGAUUGGUGAUGACUUGCAAAUAUACAUCAGGCCUCAGGCUGAUAUUAAAAACUUUGGUUCUGAAAUUGAUCAACAAGCAGCGAAAUCCUUGCUAUCUGACUUUCAACAGAUGAUGGUUGAAUCUGGACGCUAUCUACUUGAUAUUAUAAUUCGAGAUCUUUCUAGUUUAACCAAUCUGGAGAAAGAUGAAUUAGCUCAGAAACUUUCAGAAAUGUUCAUACCUGAAGAUGGACCCCUGUUUGGUUCAAUCAAUGCCCGUGACUGGGGUUCCUUUCAAGCACUUGGAACAUCUGAAGAAUCCCUUUCAUUAGAUGAGGGAUCAUCAAGGGUUUCUUCAGUGGAUGGGGAAAUUGCCAGUGAAUCAUUUGGCACUGAUAUUCCAAGGUUUGUCUCCAGGAUUCCGACAAAACCACCCUUGUCCCCAGUAAUCAGUGUAGGCCAGCUGCUGGAAUCGGCACUCCAUGUAGCUGGUCAAGUGGCUGGGACAUCCAUCUCAACUUCACCCCUUCCUUAUGGUGCCAUGGCUAGCCAGUGCGAUGCCCUUGGGAUGGGGAUGAGGAGGAAGCUGUCG